AUGGCCCCCUUCGGCACCCUCCACACAACCACAACCUUCCUCCACGCCCGCGUCACCAAGAUACUUGCCGCCGCAAACCUCAACGGCCUGGACGUCCAAGUCGAGCCAAACUUCCAGUACGGCAUCACGAACAAGACGCCCGCCUACCUCGCCAAAUUCCCGCACGGCAAGAUCCCGGCGUUCGAAACACCCACGGGCUUCUACCUCGCCGAGGCCAGCGCAAUCGCGUUCUAUAUCGCCGACUCCGGGCCCCUCCGAGACCAACUCCUCGGCCGCACGCCCGAGGACAGGGCGUUGGUGCAGAUGUGGGUUGGUUUUGCGGACUCGGGACUGUGGGUGGAUGGGGGCGCGAUUCUGGGACCCAUGUUGGGGACGGUGGGGUACAAUGCGGAGGACGUGGCGUUCCAUGACACGCAGUUUAUGAGGUGCCUGAGGAGGCUGGAAGAGCAUCUCGCGGGGGAGGGGAAGGUGUGGUUAGUCCGCGAUGAGGAGGGGGCAGCUUCCGAGGGUGAUGGCGUGGUGGGAGAGGUUGAUGGCGGUGAAGAGUGUGGGGAGCGCGUUUGGGGUGCCGGUGAGGUUGGCGGAGAGGAGGCCUGCGGCGGAUGGGAGUGA